AUGAUGUCCUUCAUGAGGCUCAGACGAGCCUGCUCAUCUCGGCAAGAGUUCAAACAAUUCAUCCAAACCAAAGAACAUCCCGAAGAGGGUACAGCUUACUUUAACGAAGACUUGCUGCCUACUCCUCCAGAGCACCGAAGUUGGACAGCUUUGCACUUUUUCACGUACUACUUGACCCAAACAUUUUCUCCGGGGUCUUACAAUCUUGGUGCAACUCUCAUCUCAAUCGGCCUGCAAUGGUGGCACGGUAUGAUCGCAGCUGUGAUCGGCUCCGCUAUCCUCAGCGUCGUGGUUAUCCUCAACUCCCGCGGUGCAACUCGCUAUCAUGUCGGGUUCCCCGUAUACGUUCGCGCUGCUGCUGGCGUUAGUGGUGCAAAACUAUUCAUCAUCGUGCGCGCCUCUGUUGCCGUCAUCUACUUCGCAACUCAGUCAUUCUAUGGUGGCAUGCUCACUUCAGUGGCGCUCAGAGCCAUAUUCGGAUCCGGAUGGAACAAUAUUCCUAACCGCCUACCCGCAAGCGCGGGAAUUACUUCCAAGAAUCUGUUGGCAUUCUUCAUCUUCUGGAUUAUUCAGUUCCCGGUCAUGUUCAUCCACCCAACUAUCCUUCGACACCUUUUUGUGGUGAAGUCAGUGGCUACAACUGCAGGACUAGUCGGCGUCCUGGGAUGGGCAGUUAAUGCAAACGGCGGGAGCCUGGGUGGCUUCAACUUUGGAGCAAAGUCUCUAAGCGGCGCGGCACUUGUGUGGCCCAUGAUCCAAGCUAUCAACAGCGUCAUGGCGGCGCUCUGCCCGAUUUUGGUCAACCAACCUGAUGUCGCUAGGUACGCUACACGUCCAGCACAGGCAACCUGGUCACAAGCCAUCGGUAUUCUGGUCAGUAAGGUGCUCGUCAUGUUCCUUAGCUGUGCCACAACUAGCGCGGCUGCUGGUGUUCUUGGCAAGAGCUAUUGGAACGUCUGGGAUCUCUACAACGCUAUCUUGACUGAGUUCUGGGGUCCUGGAGCGCGUGCUGGGAUGUUCUUCGCUUCCGCUGGCAUGAUUUUGGCGAUUAUCGCGACUAAUGCUGGCUCAAAUUCUCUACCCGUUGGUGCCGAUACCAGCGGACUUUGGCCAAGGUAUAUCAACAUCGUUAGGGGUCAGGUAAUAUGCGCCCUGCUUGCACCUCUAUGCGUGCCGUGGAAGAUCAUCGCCAGCGCUAGCUCCUUUCUCACUUUCCUGGGGUCAUACACCAUUUUCCUGAUGCCAACCUGUGGUAUCAUGAUUGUAGACUACUGGAUUAUCCGUCGAGGAAACCUCCAUGUCCCAAGUCUGUACAUGAAAGUGGAAGGCGCUCCGUACACGUAUUACAAAGGAUGGAAUUUACGCGCCGUUGCCGCAUGGGUUGCUGGUGUUGCGUUAACUGUACACGGCAUUGCUGGGAAUUUGGACCCCAAUUCAGUCAACCAGGCAAGCAAGAAUAUGUACAAGCUUGGCUUUCUGCUUUCUCUUGCCAUGGGUUCAUUGGUCUACUACGUAGCCUGUUUUAUCUGGCCCAUUCCGGUGUACCCGCAAGAGUUAGAGUCACAGACAAGCAUGAGCUUUGAGAGCAUAGCGCCAUCAGAGGGUUUCCUUCCUGGGGAGAGUGUUGAUACUAUUCGCGGAGUGUUUUACUCUGUUGAGGAGACUGAAGUCAAGAGGGCCAUGGGGAAGAACGCCGGUGCCGAGUCUGGCAGCGAGAAGUACACGGUCUAA